AUGGCGGUCAAAGGUCAGCGUUAUUUAAAGGCUCUGAUGUCACUCUCGCUGGAUGAAUUACAGUCACGAGACCUCCGACAACAACGACGGCUAACUGUCAGUGACAGCAGCUGCCGGGCCGCGGUCGCCAUGGUGACGGGACACACACGUACACACUCUGAUUCCACUGAAGAAGAAGAUGUGGUGUUAACAGCUGUUGAGAUUCAGGAGUAUUAA